GCUCCUCUGGCUAAUCGCCGGGCGGCGCGCGCAGAGAAGUUCUGGGCAAAGUACUCAGAACUGGCCGCGUGCUGGUGGCGCCCGCCAGCCGGCCCGGGAGAAGGGACUAGAGCGCGACGCGGCCGGUGCGCAGCGCGGCUCCGGCCCCGUCUGUCAGCGAGUGGCCAUCCCCGCCCCCGACUCCUGCGGCCGGUGCGAGAGCUGUCAGCUGCACGUUGCGGGGAGACCGGAGAAGCCGGGUUGCCUUCUCCCGGGUCUGUGCGCUAACCCCCGAGCCCUGCACCGGGGAACUAGGGAGUGUCUCCGGCUGCACAGCGCUCAGGUUUUAGGGUUUCCUUUGGGUCACCCGAAAUGUUUUUUAAACACUUUGGAUAAGAGCUAAACCACCUGCCACUGGGGACUUCCAUACUCUCGGCUCCCUUAUCAUCUGAUGGCAUUUUGACUGUCUUGAGGCCAAGUGACUUGCUGUCCAUGAUGAGUGAUGAGAAGAACCUUGGUGUGUCCCAAAAGUUGGUGUCACCUUCAAGGAGCACAAGUAGCUGCUCUUCCAAGCAAGGAAGUCGACAGGACAGCUGGGAAGUGGUGGAAGGACUGAGAGGGGAGAUGAAUUACACCCAGGAGCCACCAGUUCAGAAAGGAUUUUUGCUGAAAAAGAGGAAAUGGCCCUUAAAAGGCUGGCACAAGAGAUUCUUCUAUCUGGACAAAGGAAUCUUGAAAUAUGCCAAGAGCCACACUGAUAUAGAGAGAGAGAAGCUGCAUGGCUGCAUUGACGUGGGGCUCUCAGUGAUGUCUGUAAAGAAGUCAUCAAAAUGCAUAGACCUUGACACCGAGGAGCACAUCUACCAUCUGAAGGUCAAAUCAGAAGAAGUCUUUGAUGAGUGGGUAUCGAAACUUCGCCAUCACAGAAUGUAUCGUCAGAAUGAAAUUGCCAUGUUUCCACAUGAAGUUAAUCACUUUUUCUCAGGGUCCACCGUCACAGACUCUACAUCUGGGGUGUUUGACUCCAUUUCAAGUAGGAAGCGUAGCAGUAUAUCAAAGCAGAAUUUAUUUCAAACUGGAAGCAAUGUAUCAUUUUCUUGCGGUGGAGAGACACGAGUUCCAUUAUGGUUACAGUCUUCAGAGGACAUGGAAAAAUGCUCCAAAGACCUGGCGCACUGUCAUGCCUACCUGGUAGAAAUGAGCCAGCUCCUGCAAAGCAUGGAUGUCCUGCAUCGGACAUACUCGGCACCAGCUAUCAACGCCAUCCAGGGUGGAGCUUUUGAAAGUCCCAAAAAGGAAAAAAGAUCACAAAGGAGGUGGCGGUCCAGAGCUAUUGGCAAAGAUGCUAAAGGAACGCUGCAGGUCCCCAAACCUUUUUCUGGCCCAGUAAGACUACACUCCUCCAAUCCUAAUUUGUCAACACUAGAUUUUGGAGAAGAGAAAAAUUAUUCUGAUGGCUCUGAAACCUCAUCAGAGUUUUCUAAAAUGCAAGAAGAUCUGUGUCAUAUUGCCCAUAAAGUUUACUUCACUUUAAGGUCAGCUUUUAAUAUCAUGUCAGCGGAGAGAGAGAAACUGAAGCAGCUGAUGGAGCAGGAUGCCUCCUCCUCCCCAUCUGCUCAGGUCAUUGGUCUGAAGAAUGCCCUGUCAUCUGCCCUAGCACAAAACACAGAUCUUAAAGAACGCUUACGCAGAAUCCAUGCCGAGUCUCUGCUCCUCGACUCCCCCGCUGUUGCCAAGUCGGGUGACAAUCUGGCAGAGGAAAACUCCCGAGAUGAAAACCGAGCUCUAGUUCAUCAGCUUUCUAAUGAAAGUAGACUCUCCAUCACUGACUCCCUUUCCGAGUUUUUUGAUGCUCAGGAAGUUCUGUUAUCUCCAAGCUCUUCAGAAAAUGAGAUUUCUGAUGAUGACUCAUACGUCAGUGACAUAAGUGAUAAUCUUUCCUUAGAUAAUCUCAGUAAUGAUUUAGAUAAUGAGAGACAGACCUUGGGGCCUGUCCUUGAAAGUGGUGGGGAAGCAAAGUCCCGGAGAAGAACGUGCCUGCCGGCACCCUGCCCGAGCAGCAGUAACAUCAGCCUGUGGAACAUCCUGAGGAACAACAUCGGGAAGGACCUGUCCAAGGUGGCCAUGCCGGUGGAACUGAACGAGCCCCUGAACACACUGCAGAGGCUCUGCGAGGAGCUGGAGUACAGCGAGCUCCUGGACAAGGCCGCGCAGAUUCCCAACCCCCUGGAAAGAAUGGUGUAUGUGGCAGCCUUUGCCAUAUCAGCAUAUGCAUCUAGCUACUACCGAGCUGGGAGCAAGCCAUUUAAUCCAGUUCUUGGAGAAACAUAUGAAUGUAUUCGGGAGGACAAGGGCUUCCAGUUUUUUUCAGAACAGGUCAGCCACCAUCCGCCUAUCUCUGCAUGCCAUGCUGAGUCUAGAAAUUUUGUUUUCUGGCAAGAUGUGAGAUGGAAAAACAAAUUCUGGGGCAAAUCCAUGGAAAUAGUUCCAAUUGGCACAACCCAUGUGACUCUGCCAGCUUUUGGGGAUCAUUUUGAGUGGAACAAAGUGACCUCUUGCAUCCAUAACAUCUUAAGCGGGCAGAGGUGGAUUGAGCACUAUGGAGAGAUUGUCAUCAAGAAUCUGAAUGAUGAUUCCUGCUACUGCAAAGUGAAUUUUAUAAAGGCAAAAUACUGGAGCACUAACGCCCAUGAGAUUGAAGGCACAGUGUUUGACAGAAGUGGAAACGCAGUUCAUCGGCUGUUUGGGAAAUGGCAUGAAAGCAUCUACUGCGGUGGCUCCUCCUCUUCUGCUUGUGUAUGGAGAGCAAAUCCCAUGCCGAAAGGCUAUGAGCAAUACUAUGGCUUCACACAGUUUGCGCUGGAAUUAAAUGAAAUGGAUCCGUCGUCAAAGUCUUUAUUACCACCUACUGACACUCGAUUUAGGCCAGACCAGAGGUUUCUAGAAGAAGGGAACUUAGAAGAAGCUGAAAUACAAAAGCAGAGGAUUGAACAACUACAGAGAGAAAGGCGGCGGGUCUUAGAAGAAAAUCACGUGGAGCACCAGCCUCGGUUUUUCAGGAAAUCCGAUGAUGACUCGUGGUUGAGCAACGGUACCUAUUUGGAACUUAGAAAAGAUCUUGGUUUUUCCAAACUGGACCAUCCUGUCUUAUGGUGAAAAAGUAAAGAAGAAAGAUAACGUUAGUGUAUUUCUCCCGUGCUUGCUUUCUGAAGCGGCACAAACCUGUGUUUAUAUAUUUAAACAGUACUCUAGGAUGAUCACUUGUGCUUAGCUUAGCAUUGUAACUCAUUAAUUCUAUAUUUUCCUCAGUGCGUUUCUUUACAAUUUCAAAUGUUACCCUGAUUGUUUAUAUGAAUGUAGAACACCUUGACAUUUCUUUUUAUAUAUAAACUAUUUAAUAAAAAUGAAAGAUUGAAUGUUCAUGUGUGGGUUAAAAAAAGAAGCUUUAGCACUAAUUUUCCAAAGUUUAGGGAAGAUUCCAAUUAAAUUUAUGCCUUAUAAAAUUAUGUUGUAGAAAAAAAAACUCAGCCUCUCCCAGGUGCAUUAAGAAGUGAGAAUACCCGGGGUUACUCACCCACGCGUAAGCCACCCAAGUUUAAUUUGGUAGCUGAGAUAUCUUUUUGCUUCAGACAGCUCUUGAAUUGCUCAUACAGAACAAUUCUGCUGGUGCUGGAGUCUGAAGAAUAUCUUCAUUUGCAUUUUAGUGGUUAGGGAGAGGAUAUAAGAUUAAUGGAAUGUAUAUUUUUAUAUAAGAUGAAUAUGGCACCUUCUUGAAAAGGAAACAUUUGAACUUGUUUCUCCCUAUAGUUCUAUUGCCUUGUGUGCAAAAUUGUACCCUCUUGCUCAGAGAAAUUAUCAUUAAUAAGAGAAAAAAUUCCAGUUAAUUAAAUAUCACAGUAGCAUCCCAAAGAGACAGUAGGAAAUUUCUUCUUAGUGAGAGCUGAGUCCUUGAGAAGUUAAGAGACUGUUUCCUGCUUCCCACCCUACUCCUAGUUUUUUGACCCUCCGUUUGAUCACCUCCCUUAUGAGUAUGGAAUGUCCCAGUUUAAUAUAAAACAUAUAGUUUAUUCCACACAGCAGUUUGACUUUGUAAAAGUUUAUUAAAGUAACUGAUUGUUUUGGAUAACUCAACACGUUUUUCUUAAAUGCUGUUUUAGUAUUUUCUACCUCUUAAUAAGCACCAUAUUUUAGAUCUUGUAUAAAAAGUUUGCCAUCUGCCUUAUAGACAAAUGUAGAGAAUUGAUGUUCUUGCUUUGUGUUGUGUUCUGGUAAAGCUUUAAGUAAGUGUCUUACCCCUUUCCUAAACUUUCUUGUUAUCCGUAUCAUUCUUUUGUGAGUUUUGCAGCAGUCUUGAAUAAUACAGAUUAUAACUACUGAAAGGGGAACCUUUUUCUUUUUAAAUGUGUUAUUUCACAUUACAAUAAUAUGUGUAGUAGUUGAAUUGUGUUAUCAAAGCAAUUCCAACUUCUGCCCAGUUGACAUUAAAACCAAAGCCUGAU